AUGGGUCAGCUCAGUCCAAUAGAAACAUCCUGUUAUUUUGGAUCUCUGAAUAUUUUUAGUUUCAUAAAUGAAAGUUUAAAGGAACCAAUAACUGAAAAAUGUCUCAAGUAUGCUGUCAUUAGUAAUAAUACUAAUAUCAUCAAUAAAUGUUUACAGAAGACUCGUAAAUUCGACCAAGUUUCCAUGGAUCAUAUUGUUGGCUCUCAUAAUAAUACUCUCCUUAAAUUUAUUUUGGAUAAAAAUUUAUAUGAUCCAUUAAGAUUUGAUGGUGACUUUGAUGAUGUAAACAAAGCGCGUAACUUGAAAGCAGUUUUUAUGAUGUUCGAAAAGAACAAAAACUCUAUAAUUCCAUGGUUUGCUGAAUGGCCUCAAGCUUUUGAUAUCAUCACCAAAGAAAAUAUUGACUACCUUAGAAUAACUUCCAAACGUCGUAAUCUUCUUCACUUUGCAGCUUCCGGUAAUAAUGCUGAAUUAUGUAAAUUCUUGAUCGAAAAAAUAAGAUUUAAACCUGAUUCAAAAGAUGUUGAUUAUUAUACGCCACUUCACAUGGCUGCAUAUUAUGACUCUAAAGAAGCAGCCGAAAUUCUUGUUAAGCAUGGCCAAGCGUAG